UUCUUGUUUUUUGUUCUUCUUUACGCUUGAAAAACAUACACAGAUAUCAAAAAUAGAAAAGUUUAAUUCGUGGGCUAAAAUUAAUUUUUUCCAGUUAGGAUAUAAAUUUGCAUUGCUAUUGUACGAUCAAUUAUGUACAAUGCCAAUUACAUGGAUGGUGUUCCCGUCAAGAUAGCAGAAAAAUAUAAGCCACCUCCCGAAAUCUACAAAUUGCCCCAAUCCUUAGUAAACAAAUUAAAUUUAGAUGAUAAUUUUUAUGAGAAUUCAACACAGUAUAAAUAUGAUAUGCAACUGGAGCAGAAGGCUCUGUCGAAGAUAGAUGAGUGGAAACAUAUUCGCCAGCGCAAUAAAGAUGCCAGAAGGGAACGCAAGGCCAAAAGGGAUCUGCAACGGCAGGAGGAUGAAAAAAGGCAAAAGAAUCUGCUUAUGUGCGUAUCUUACCCAAGUGCCGAUGAUUUAUCCUCCUCCGGCAGCGAUGAUGAGGGUAACACUAUGGCAGAGGCCGCCGGGGGCAAUUCUAAAGAGACCACAACAAUAACUAAUACCGAACAAUUUCCGGAAAUCUGUGUAACCAAAUCUACAAACAGCUUCCAUAAUAUAUUACAACCCACAGUAUUGUCCAAUAGCAGUACCCCAACUUCAUCAUCAACUAUAAAAAAUACUAUUACUCAUAGCUUGAAUCCCUUGCUUAAGUCAACUCAGUCGAUGGCUUUUAACUACAAAGAUUUCGAAGAUGACACCUCCUCACCAUUUGAUAAUAUUGAAUUGAAAACAAUUAACGACUUGGAUGUUUUGGCGCAAGUAUUGCACAAUACACAACUAAAGGCGAAUGCAGAAAACAAUGGAUUAGUCUCGAAAAAUGAAAAUGGUGACGACGAUACAAAGACAGUGGCAGACAAUUACAAUGAAUCUUCAAAAAUGGAUGGCGAACAAAUGAUCGCUGGUCAGCAAAUACAACCAGUAAUGUUCAUUAACAAAAUCCACCACAUUCCAAAACAUACGAAUUUGCCAAAGUUCAGUUAUGACCUUGGUAACCUAAAUUCUGCUCAGGAAGCCCGUUGUAAACUCGAUGAUUACACUUCAACUGCGGUGAGAUAUAAUAAUACGACAAACAACCAUUCACCUUCUAUGCCUACACAAACAUUUAUUGGCCACCAACAAGAGCAGCAGUACUAUGGCAUGGGCAAUAUUAACUAUUAUAAUAAUAUGAACCCGUUGCAGACAAAUGUAUACGCAUUGCAAAGCAUUGCUUCCACUAACAAUGAAGGUACACUGGAUGCAACCAAAUGGAAAAGUGUUCCGGAUAUUCUUAAAGAACUCAGAGAUGAGGUGAGAAACUCGGAAUUGAGACGAACUAGAAAUUGUAGCCACAAUUUAGGAAAUACUUCACAAAGUAAUGAGGUAUCCCCAGUGAACGAAUCGAGUAACAAUGGCUCUUUGGAUAAAGAUGAAUUUCUCGAUUUGGACUCGAAGGCAAAACAAUUGGCCGAACAAAUUAGUAGCAUGGGUUUUCCUAAGUCAAGAGUAGCCAGAAUUGUGCAGCUUCUAGGAGCCGACGAUAAGAAGAUAAUUGAACAUUUAAUACCGUUAAGUGAAUUGGCCGAUUUGGGAUUUGAUGAAAACAAGAUAUCCGAAGCUUUGUUGCGUCAUGAGAAUAACAAAAAUAGAGCACUAGACGAUUUAAUUUCAUAGUUCAUCAUGCAUACAUAUAUAGAAUGUGAUCAUACUCUUGAGAUAAUACUUUACCCUAACAUAAUCUGUAAAAUUUACUAUUUAUAUAUUAGAUAUUAAGUUUGCUUUUUACACAAUGUGAACUUGAGAGCUAUAAAAUAUGUUUAUGGGAAACAAAUUUUGUUUCAAUAAAACAAGAAUGCUUCAUCGGUAGCUUUGAGAUGGAACAACCGUUUCGACACUUGCAA